AUGCUUCAGCUCCCCUCGGAUGUGAUCGUCCGCAUUGCCUCAUAUCUACCCCAGGAAGAUAAGCUUAAUCUCGCUAAGACAUGUCUGGAGUUGUACAACACGCUACAUCCGCUCAUGUACGAGGUCAUAGUGCUUGACUCGUCCCGAGUGCACUUAAACGAGCUCCAGGCGUUUGUCAAUCGCCACAAAUGGUUCGAAGAAUACGGUUUUGACUGCUACCCUACGGUGGUGAGGUCUCUCUAUGCGCUAACGAGGCUCUUGAAGAACCUCUCGAAGAAUGUGCAUUUGUGCAAAUAUAUUAAGUACCUAGUGGCUCUGGAAAACAUUCCUGAUAUGCCCCACGUGGAGUUGGUCGGGUUUCUCUCGGGAAUAAUCCCCAAGUUGACCAACUUGUCUUCUUUCCAAUGGUACUCAGUCCAUCAGCCCUUGGACGCCCAUUUGAUGUCUCAGUUGCCUUCAAGAGUCCAGCAGGUGAGAGGUAAUCUCCAGUUUUCCCUGGCGUUUUCCACAUUCAGCUUGCCUGAAAGCGUGGAGAUUUUGGACAUCUCCAACUUUGGCUGCGAAAAGAACUUGUACAACCUCGUGGGCUUCCCCGAGCAGUUGUCGUCGCUUACGGUGCUGAAGCUGGUUUCUCCAAGCAGCCGUAUGUUCACCACAACGCUUUCACCCUGCUGUUCAGCCGUGCUUUCAAAUACCCAGGAGCUGAUCUACUUGGACGCCCCCACAUACAUUUCGUCGUUGUUCAACUCGCUAUCGUUGGACUCACCAAUCAAAUUGAUAUCUCUUAAGCUUAGGGAUAUUUCUGUGUCUGUGUGUGACGCACACAUCUUGAAGAACUACGUGGAUUUGGCCUGCCUCACGAGCUUGGCUUUGGAGGAUUGCACGGAGAUCUUGUUUGACCAUGUCUUGCCCCAUAAUUACAUCUCCUCCACUUCCUCGGCGUACAUUCGGCGCAACGCUCCGGCAGAGCUUUUCUUGGACCUUUUGGUUCCCGAGCUCACUUCUUUGAGGCUGCUUCACAUCAGCAUGACCAAUGAGCUAUACUACAACAACUGCAUCAUCUCAUCCAUUGCUGCUCUUAAGGGAUUGGAGAAAAUAAGCGUCCAUUUGAAGUACCUUUAUCGUGGCAGUGAACCGAUUGACUUGGACCCAUUGGUUGAGGCUCUCGAGAAGCACGCCCCAACUUUGAGGUAUCUCGAUGUGUGCUUCAACACUAUAGACAACAACGUCUCUCCAGGCCAGAAGAAAAAACAAUGCUCUCUUUCGACGGAAUCGCUUGCCAGGCUUUCCAAUCUCACUCAGCUUGAGUACUUGAAGAUUCCUGUUUUCAGAAACCAAAUGGAUACACUCCAUGAAAGCCUUCAGCAUAUACCAAAAUUAAAAGUUGCCCAAGUGGGUGUAACAGACCUGGGAUCGAACACUACUAGCAAUGGCGACACCUUAAUCUAUGCUCUUUACAACACCAAUUGCCUCAUUUCCCAGGACUAUUUCACUUCGCCAAACUCCUUCACGAGCCUGAUUCACGACGAGAAAAAGCACGAAUACCUCACCUUGAGUGAGAAGUUCAAAGAUAGUAUCAGUCUGUUAAGGUACAUGAGAUACGAUCUUAAGAACCAGUCGCUCGUCUACGACUGCCAUGGAGCAGUUACUGAAGCUGAGGAUGGCGCGGUAGAGAAUUUCGACACACUUGUGUCGUCUGUCAUGAUCUGA